GGCUGAAGCAGUAUUGAAGAAAGGUGCAAAGGUUUGUAUCGCAGAUGUCAAGAGGGAUCAAGGGAUGGCAACGGCCAGGGAACUACAAACUUCCAGUGGAGCUGAUAAUGUCUUCUUUGUGAAGUGUGACGUGACAAAUGUUGCUGAAUUUGAGGAUGCUUUCAAAGCUGCCGUCUCGAAAUUUGGUCAUGUUGAUGUAAUGUGCAACAAUGCAGGCAUCAUGGAUGAACGGAUAUGGGAAAAACAGCUGGAAAUCAACUUCCUGUUGUUCGGGGGGACCAUGAUGGCGCUAAAUCACAUGAGGAAGGAUAAAGGGGGAAGAGGCGGCGUCAUCAUCAACACUGCGUCAUUGGCAGGUUUGGUGCCUACAAUGUGGUUCCCUGCUUAUGGAGCCAGUAAGAGCGCUGUUUAUCACUUCACGUCGAGUUGGGCACAAAACCCUGACAUGAAGGCUGCCGAAGUUCGACUGGCCAGUAUCUGCCCUAUGGGUGCUAAGACGGCUCUUAUGGACUUAGAUGAAGACCAGAUCGUACAAUAUGCACACUUCAAGCAGACUAUGGAACGUACUGAGUAUUGCACGGUAGACCAGGUGGUUAGCGCAUUCCUGAUGGCAAUGGAGGACGACACCAUCAACGGCAUAGCCCUCACAAUCAGAGCCAAAGAAGGUGUGGAGAAGAAGAAGUUGAGCAUGGUCCCGGUGGAAUAAUACCACGACACGUACCAUACCACGACAUCCCCCAACCCCACUCAAAUACGAAACAAUAGUAUUGAAAGUUAGCAAAAUAUUGAAAACUAUUACGUUUGAUUUUGGGGUGCUUAUUAGUGCUGAAGUGAACAAAAUAUUUUCCUUGUAACUGCCUCAGCUUAGUUUGUAUGUAUGUUAUUUAACGUCGCUUUUAGCAAAUCCCAGCUAUACGACAGCUGUCUUUAAAUUAAUCGAGUCUGGCCCAGACAAUCCAGUGAUCAACAGCAUGUACAUCAAUCUUAGCAAUUGUGUUACGAUGACAUUUGUUAACCAAGUGAGCUAGCCUGACCACCCGAUUCCUUUAGUCGCCUCUUACAAGCAUGGGUUGCUGAAGACCGACUCUAACCUGGAUAUUCACGGGUCUUAAACGCCUAGCAGUUUUAUUCAGGUUUACAUCAUUUAAACAGAUAAACCAGUUAAAACGAAAAAUAUGUAUAAAAAGAUGGGUCUAAAGAUAGCUAUAUACAGAGCUUGGAAUCUUUGUCAUAAGGCAAACUGCACUAAACAUAUGGGAGAUAUGAGUGAUUGUUGACAUUUUGUGAAUAAAACAUAUUACAACAUCGUG